AUGGGGUCUUUGUUGAGCUCUGUACGCAUGUCUGCCCUGGAUGGGGCCCACCAGGAGAUUCUUCUGUUCGGGUUUACUGCUAGCCUUAUAUCUGCCAAGCGCUAUGUGAGGAAUCAAAGUACCGGGAGGAAUGCAUUAGCUCUGGCCGCCCCAGGGUACUGGGACCCAGGAGGUACUGGGAGCCAGAGUACUGGGGCCCAAAGUGCUGGGACAGGGGGUACUGGGACAAGGAGGUACUGGGACCCAGGAGGGUACUGGGACCCAGAGGCGUACCGGGACCCAGGAGGCGUGCCGGGACCCAAGGAAGUGCUGGGACCCAGGGAGGGCUGGGACCAGGCGUACCGGGACCCAGGAGGUGUUGGGACCCAAGGAGAUACUGGGACCCAAGACCCCGCCCCUCCUAAACCCCCCGCCCCUCGGACCCACCGCCCCUCAGCCCCAGACCCCCUGCCCCUCAGCCCCCAGACCCCCCGCCCCUCAGCCCCAGACCCCCGUCCCUCAGCCCCAGACCCCCCGCCCCCUCAGCCCCCAGACCCCCGUCCUCAGCCCCCAGACCCACCGCCCUCUCAGCCUCCCAGACCCCCGCCCCUCAUCCCCUAUGUCCCUUUUCUGGUGUAA